UCCGAGGCGGUCGCCUCACUCCGCGCCUCCUCGGGGCGCGGUGGCUGAGAGUAUGAGGCGGGCCUGUCUGAUGAUGCCGAGGUCUUGCCUGGGGAUCCGAACGAGACACCACGUCAAACCGCGCUGGCUGUCCCUUGAAGACAUGAGGGCGCCAGGAGGGCAGGCUGGUCUGCCUGGAGAGCCCGGGCCGGGGGGCCGGGGUUGGGGAGUGGGGGGCGCGGGAACCGGGAGAGGGGGAGGGGAGCGGUCCGGAGGCAGCGGCGGCCUGGACGUGGGGGAGGGACGGAGAUCCGGGGAAAGAGGCUCCGGGAGCUGCGGGGGCGCGGGCUCGGGGUGCGAGUGGGUGACGCGGAGCGCCCCUCCCGGGGGUGCAGGAACCGCCGCGGGGCUCGCUCCUUCUAGCCGGGUAGAUCCACAGAAACGCGGGGAGCUCAGCUCACGGCAGCCCCAGGGGGCAAUCGCAACUUGGAGGCGAGGUCCGGAGCUCCGAAGGAGGGCGCUCUGCCCGCUGGAGGCUACCCCGGGGCUUUCCUGGAGCCCGUCGAAGGCUGUCGGUCCUCCUGGAGUGUCGCGCCCUCCCGCUUUUCUGCAGGGCAGAAGGCAGUGGCGAGGAGACGAACUGCCUGCCGAAGUUCUCCCAGCGCCGAGAAGAAGCGCGGAGCAGCAGGGAGAGGAGAGCAGAGUGUUUGCCAGAGGACGCUACGAGUGAGGAUGCAUUUAUAGAACUCUCACUGCGUGACGUGCCCUCCAGUGGCUUUUCUGAUUCGCUUUCUGACCUAAACACACAUUAGUUUAGUCCCCAUGGUAGGGCCAACACGGCCUCCAAAUAUCUGUUGGCUGAAGUCAGAGGCUCUGCAUAUCAUGUAUUACAUGGCAGCCUACGAAGAAGGCUUCUGAGCCUGGCCGGCUGCUCAGUCCUAGGCUCCAUUUCCAUUUGUUGUAAUGUAAUACCAGACCUGGGGUAGGCACAUACAUUCAAAAUCUCAAUUCCAGAAGCGUAAGAUCACUUUAUCAGGAAGAGGUCAAGGGAGGUAGGGCAAAACCCGCCUUUGUCCAGAGUUUUGAAAAAGUAUUUGGGGGGACCUCAGCAAGGACAGGGCUGGGCGCAGUGUCCAGCGAGGGGAACUCAGCCUUCUUUCCAGAGCUCUGAGAAGGGGAGAGGUGAGACCUUUUCAGCCUUCUUUCUGUUGGUUAGCUGAACACCAGCAGCAGCCAGGAGCCUUCUUUGUAGAGGACGAGAGGCGGACCAGUCUUUGCCCACCCUGCAUGUGGCUGAACUGUAAAUACAUUGUAUUCACACAGACAUGGAAGUCGCUCUGUCUUUGACAGAGGCAAAAUAAGGUACGUCUCUGCUAAGGGAAACCUGUUCACCAGAAACCACUGGACCUGAAUUUAGUAGGAUCUCUUUAAUUUUAUUAGUCUGAGACAGGGAAAGCAUAAACAGGCUCAAUUUACAUCUAUGCACCUCUUGUUUUAUGAGUCAUCCGGUUGUUGGGGAGCGUGUGUUUCUGAAGAAGCGGAGACAAUAGAUAGGGGAAAUGUGUAUGGCAACGUGGGGGGGGGGAUCACAUAUUAUUACAAGUACUCGGAGUCAAAGAUCAGCUGCUUUGGAGGCUUGUCAGUGAAGUUAGUGUGGGAGGAAAAUUGUUCUUACCAACAUUACUGCGAUUGAGAGAUUAAACCAAGUGCAAAGCAAGUCUUCCAAACACACCUCACCUGAAAGCAGGAUGCUCUCCGCUGUCUGCACAGUGCGAUGCUUCCUUUUUGAUAGAUGCAUGGUAGCAAUGUACCUUAGAAAUGGGCUGAAGGAAAAGCUUAAUGUAAUUCACUUUCAGUUUAUCAUUAUUUUGGAAUACGAAGUUGACUUGAAUCAAUUAAAAAAAAAACACCAUAAAUGAUUUCUUUUUCAGGCUUUUCCCUGGGCAUGGGCAGGCCCUUCAGACACCCGCAGUUAUUCAGCACUUGCCGUGUGCUAGGGAAAGUGUUUAGGCCUUGAGAAUUGUGCUCAUCAGAUGAGGGGCUGUAAGGGACAGAAGCCACUGGGUUAACUGCGAAAGGAAGGCUGACCGGAAUCUCCACCACUCAGCCACGUGUCUCCCAAAAGCCUUCCGGAAAGGCCGCUCAGCCAGGUCUCACGAAAACUGGAUUGAGGUCCAGGAACUGGAAGGUCAUUCAGGAUGCAGCUCUGGGCUGGGGUUAUCUUGCUACCCCCUCAGCAGCAGGCAUCUGCCUGUGCCUACUAACGGGGGCUUAGCCGCCAAGGCAAUUCAGCUCCUCGCUCCCUGAUUUCCUCCUGGUGUCCCUUGGCUUCUGCGCCAGCUACCAACUGCUCAGCUCUCCGGUGAUCUCACAUUUAAACUUCUUUAGUGAAAGCAACUGCUGCUAGGCACUCACAAAAUAUUUGAGCUGGACUGAAUGUUUUAAUCAGGCCUCCUCAUAGAUGGCAGGUCACCCUGGAGAAAGGCAGACCCCAGAUCAGGUACAAUUCCCGGGCCAAUGGUCUGAGUCCAAGUUGUUCACAUCUCGAAGUCCACAGUCUUGGCCCUUUUGCUGAGGAACCUUCCUGGGGUCCCUUUCUACCUUCUCUUCACAUGGCUGAUCACACAGAAAAAGAUGUGUUAAUGGCAGGCGCUUGGAGUUUUAACUGCCCUGCCUUGUGCCUGUUAUCCGGGUCUGUUAAAUGAGGUGCCCAUGGAGGCCAGAAGAGAGUAUCUGAUGCUCUGGAGCCGGAGUUACAGGUGCUAAGUCUGACAGGUGUUGGGACCUGAGCAGUAAGAGGAGCCUCCUCCCCAGACCCCUAAGCCAGCAUCUCUUGAUCCCCAAAGGCUUUGAAAACUUUCCUAUGUCUAUUAUGGCAAUCAUUUUACAAUUCUUUUUUUCUUUUCUUUCUUUUUUUUUUUUUUCCUGAGACAAGGUUUCUCUGUGUAGCUUUGUGCCUUUCCUGGAUCUUGCUCUGUAGACCAGGCUGGCCUCGAACUCACAGAGAUCCGCCUGCCUCUGCCUCCCGAGUGCUGGGAUUAAAGGCGUGCACCACCACCGCCCGGCUAAUUCUUUUUUUCUUUAAAGCAAAAGUAGGAAACAUAUUUUGGGGCCCUCUAGGACAAGAGACUGCUUCUUGACAUAUUAAUUAUCUUCAGUUGUAGUAUAAAGGAAACUGAAAACAUUAAAAAAAAUUCAUUUACGA